AUGAUUUAUGAGCCCACAGCUUGGUACUCCUACUCCCAAUUUUCUGACAUAUUCAGUCGCCUGUCAGACGUGAAUGAAUAUGAGCGGAUUCUAUUCCAAAUUGAGCUUUGGCUGGCCCGUGGAAGAGUGCCUGCCGCCAUUCACGCCACUGCUUCUCUUUUAAACGCAAUUGUUUCAGACAAAAACUCUGAAUUGCCUAUUUUACACAUGCGCGACUUGUACGCAAUGACAAUUAUAAGGACUGUUAACUUGCUGCUGGACCAGGAGCAGGAUUCUGUGUAUGCGAGGAGCUUGCUGCUCAUGGGAAAGGAGGCCAACUUGCCUGAGAGUGUCAUAAAGGCUCGCCACAGGUGCUCCCACGGAGACACACCUGACGUUGAGAGCCUCAGGAUAGUGUGCAGAGAGGCCUUCAACUAUGUGUACAAAAAAUACUGGACUAAUCAACACAGCAUUCUGGUCUCAAAGUUAAAUGACGAGUACCAUUUCACGUUUUUGUUGUUUUCAGUUUUCCUGUUGAGUCGCUCGGGGGUUGACAUGGGUAGGAGCCUUGGUUACUCAAGGAAGCUCGUUCCACCAGAUAGAGGCACUAGGAAGUAUAAAUUUGACUCGGAAAACUCUUCUGAGGCUAGUAACGCAACAAAGUGUGUUCUGGAACAUUUGGGGAAAGUUAGGAGCUUAAUGAACAACAGGAAACAUCUUGCAAUCUACAGGCGUCUCAACAUGUAUGGAAAGAAACGCUGUAAAUAUGAAUUCCGAGACUCGGUUCCCAUUUACAUUGGAAUUUUGAGGAAGAUUUUGAACUAUUGCGUUCACGAGGAUAUUUUUAUCUCAGUUUUUGUGGAGUGUGUAUUCGCUAACUACUCUCCUGACCAGUCUCAAAUGUUCCUGCUCAUGUUGUUCCUUGUAUCGUCUCAAUACUCGUUCAAUUUCACGGUUAAGCUGGUUGCCCAUAUGCUUAACUUCAUUUUUGAUAUUUCUGACAUUUUUACCAAUAUUCACACUCAUGAAGUCAACUCCGUCCUACAGAGAAUCGAUUCCUGUUACAAUGUCUUAAUUCGCUUUAAUAAAUCAGGGCAGAAAUUGGUUAAUCACACUGGCUCGGAUUCUCACAUUUUAAACUCUGAUAAAUAUCGCAACUCGGUCAACGAGUGGUUGCUAAUGUUGCUACAGUAUGCUAACUGCUUAAAAACGAAGCAAUUUCACAAAUACCACCUGGAUUAUCUGAGACUGAUUAAGGAUUUGCCGUUCCCUGAAUACGACAGGAUGAUAAAUUACGAAUUCACCUCACUAUCUAGGAUUCUGGUGUGCGUCAAGUUGAUUCUGCCCCUUUAUAUUGUUAAACUAGGUAACUCUGGUCAUAGCAAAUCCAUCACUGCAUGGAAUCAUGAUAAAUUGUCGCACUUGAUAUGCUUACACAGAUGGGUAAACGGGUUUGGAGGAAAAUACGUCUUCAGUGUGGUUGAAGAGGAAAUUAAGAGAGAGGCAUUGUUGGAAUCCAGGGACAAUUUUAAACACAAUGUUGAAACUCUGAAUACAAAUCUAUUUCCGGGAACUUUAUGGGAUCAAAAUGACUGCAGGGUUAAAUACACCUAUCCGCUGGACGAAACGACCAAAUUUUCCUUUCACAAUAGAAUAUUAGAGUCGUUUGAAAAAAUAGUUGCGUGCAAACUGUUUAAAAACGACUUUGGUGAUAAGAGGAUGGUCAAAGUCCAGUCUCAAAUGUACAAUAUUAAUGGAAGCUUGGGGUCGGAAAAGGAAAAAAUAAGAAUCCAGAAAAAAAUAUUCAGGGCGAUAUCUUGCGCUAUAUGUAUCUACAGGUCGCAAAUGUGA